GGCUAGGAGUAAAGCAUACACACACUGAGUCUUUGGAAAACCCAGAGUCUGUACUUUUAAAGAAGCCAUGAACAAGGCUACUAUUCCUGUCUUGCUGAGAACAUUGCAGCACCUUUCCCCUUCACAGAGGCGGAGUAGGAGCACGGGACUGCAGCCACGGAGCCAGUUCCAGACCACAGAGCACUACCUUCCCUUCACCAACAUCAGCACACCCCAUGUGGAUUACAGAGCACUUUCAUGCACAGGACACUCGGGAUUUCAUUGUGGACACUUUCUGUUUGUUUUUGUAUUUUUGUUUGUCAGCCAGCUGUUCCCCCCAAUACCCUCGCAGGUAAAGGGGAGGUUUAUUUUAAUAAACACAGUUGUUUUUGUGGGAGAAAUACUGUUUCAGGACUGUUAUUUAUUCACACACCACUCGCAUCCGUCACAAUUGGAGUCAGAAGAGGGAUUCAUCAUGGACGCCGCCGCAUUGGGAGCAAUAUUGGAGGCGCAGGAGCAAAGAUAUCAGGAGGGUAUGGCAGCUAUGAAGGAGAGGAUGCAUGCUAUGUUCCUGGAAGCCAAUCGGGGGAGAGAACUGACGGCCGAACCAACGGUGCCCCUACCACGGAUAAAAGUAGUGAAAAUGUCGCUGGAGGAUGAUCCCGAGGCCUAUUUAGUUGCUUUUGAGAGCCAGGCAAUGGCAGCCCAGUGGCCUCGGGAUUAAUGGGCUAUCCAGCUGGGACCCAACUUGAUUGGGGAGGCCCAGGCAGCCUACCAAGCCUUGACUGACGAAGACGCCCAGAAUUAUGAUCGGGUGAGGCAGGCCAUUCUCCAGUGACUUUAUAUCACUGAAGAAACGCACCGCCGUCGGUUCCAGGAAUACCAGCGACCCCCAGGGCUGCGACCUUGCGUGGUAGCGCAACAACUGGUGGACCAUGUGACCCUGUGGCUCUGCCCCGGCACCAAUAGCGCUGAAAAAGUGGAGUAGUGGUUAGGGCUCUGGACUCUUGACUGGAGGGUUGUGGGUUCAAUCCCCGGUGGGGACACUGCUGCUGUACCCUUGAGCAAGGUACUUUACCUAGAUUGCUCUAGUAAAAAAACCAAACUGUAUAAAUGGGUAAUUGUAUGUAAAAAUAAUGUGAUAUCUUGUAACAAUUGUAAGUCGCCCUGGAUAAAUCAGCAGUCAGAUUGGCUUAAGGGUUCGAGGAUGCCAUGCCUUCCUCUCCAGCGGUUGCCACCCCGGCUCAAGCCUCCAGCAAGCCCCGGGCGACUGGACCUCCACCAUACAUCACCACCACCAACCCCGGACCAGCACUAAAGCGUCACCCUAUGGACGACCUCCCUCCAACACAAUGGAGACCGAGGGCGACCCCCAGCGGGGUAAGAGUAGAGCACCCCUCCCCGUUGUCAAAUCGGCAGCGGGACAUGCAGGCUCCAUGGGCACCCUUUCGCCCCACUUGUUACCGGUGCCAGGAGGUCAGCCACCUGGCAAGGAAUUGCCCAGCAGCAAUGGAGUGUGGCGUGGCUUCCCAUUAUG